AUUUUACUGCGGUUAAUCAGACCACCAUUAGCACUUUUCCUAACUCAAAGAAAUAUGAUAUUGCUAAUGCAAAGGGUGAAAAUGUAAUAAUUUUUGUUGACCUGUCCAAAGCCGGUGCAACCGUUGGCAGUCAGGGAGUUCUUCAACUAGUUUAUUUUCAAUCGGUUUAUUUUCAUCCUAAUGAUACCGCUCCAACCAAUACAACAUUGUACGAAUGUGCUGAUAUUAAGAUCACUGCAGAGAGUACUCCUCCAAGCUCUGUCAAUGCUGGAAGCAAAAGCGCCG